GCGGUUAAAAACGAAUAGUUUUUCAAUUUACUGAAAUAUUCUAAAGAUUUGAUAAUUAAUGUUAGGUUUAUUUUGUGUGCAUAAUAUGUUAAUGAUAGGCUCAUCAAUAUUUUUUUGGAAAACUUCGUUAAUUUGUUUAAAAUGUAAAUUGAACUCAUUUUAAUAAAGUAUUCUCGAAAACCAAAGUUCGUGCCCGUAUUGCCGUCACUACACUUGUUUCGAAAGACAAGAUAUUUGAAAGUAAACAUUAUCCCGUACAAAUAGAGUCGAAGUUGUAAUAAAAACUGAACUUCAACAAGUAGGAAAACAAUACUGACUAACGCGAGAAAAUGCUAAUUCUUUCGUCACACACUUUAUAAAUGAUUUUUAAUCAAAGCAAAGUUAAUUACGUUAGUAGAUAACAGCUUAUUACCCAAUUCAACAGUCGUUGGAUUCCGUGACGUUAAAAAUGACAAGUUUAAGUACAAAAAGUAUUGUGUUCCAUAAAUUAAUUCGAAAUGUUAAUAACUACGCUAAAAGAAUGUCUUCACAUUUUAUUUAUUAUCCAGAUAAAGAAAGGCCAGUAGAUGGAGAAACGACAAAAAUGAAUAUGAUGCAAGCAAUAAACAAUGCAAUGGACAUCACAUUGAAGAAUGAUCCAACUGCUGUAUUGUUCGGUGAAGAUGUCGCAUUCGGGGGUGUCUUCAGAUGUGCUUUGGGGUUACAGGAGAAAUAUGGCAAGGACCGUGUAUUCAAUACUCCACUAUGUGAACAGGGUAUUGCCGGCUUCGGUAUAGGUCUAGCCACUGCAGGCGCAACUGCUAUUGCUGAAAUACAAUUUGCUGAUUACAUAUUUCCAGCAUUUGAUCAGAUAGUGAACGAAGCUGCUAAAGCGAGGUACAGAUCUGGAGGGGAGUACGACAGCGGCGCCCUCACGGUCCGCGCGCCCUGCAGUGCGGUCGGGCACGGCGGACUCUACCACUCCCAGAGUCCGGAGGCCUUCUUUGCACAUGUCCCCGGUCUCCGGGUGGUGGUGCCUCGCGGGCCCAUAGCGGCCAAGGGUCUGCUGCUGGCCUGCAUCCGCGAGAGGGACCCCUGCGUGUUCCUGGAACCGAAGAUACUGUACAGGUCGGCAGCCGAAGAAGUACCCGUCGAGGAUUACACGCUACCGCUGGGAAAGGCGCAGACGUUAAGAGUUGGCGCCGCGGCCACGCUGGUGGGCUGGGGCACGCAGGUUCACGUGCUGCUGGAGGUAGCAGACAUGGCCCGGGACAAGCUCGGCGUCACCUGUGACGUCAUCGAUCUGCAGUCGAUCCUGCCCUGGGACGAGGAGACCGUGUGCAAUUCCGUGAAGAAAACUGGGCGGUGCUUGAUAUCCCACGAGGCCCCGCUCACGUCGGGGUUCGGCGCCGAGCUCGCCGCCACCGUGCAGGAGGAAUGUUUUCUGCACUUGGAGGCGCCGAUAGCUCGAGUGACCGGCUGGGACGCGCCCUUCCCGCAUGUCUUCGAACCUUUCUACUUACCGGACAAGUGGCGCUGCUACCAAGCCUUGAUACAGCUUAUUAACUAUUGAAAAGUGUACACAAUAAUAUAAGUAAAGUUUUAUU